AUAAUUUGCAGAGAGACACCGAUAUUUUUUGCGGUCUCUGCAAAGAAAAGAAAUAAAGACACAAGAGAAGAGAAAAGAAAAGAGAAGACGAGGUUGUUUUGUUUUGUUGUGUUUCGUGGCAUUCAUGGAAACCUUGGCUACACCUUCCUCUGCAACUCUUCCAUCUCCUUCUUCCCCUUUCUCCAUCUUCCCCUCAACAAGAAGAUUCUCUCUUUCUCCCAAAUCCCUCCACUUUCGUUUAUCUUCCAAGCGUGAUGACGACCAUGAUUCAAACUCCCAAUCCAAUUCCAUGGAAAUCAACAACGACAACUCCAACGCCAACCUCCUCCCAGUUCUCAGCGAUCGCCGCCUCUCCCUUUCUCCGCUCUCCAAAGAUGCUGCUAUGGGAUUGGUACUAAGUGCUGCUGCUGGUAGAGGAUGGACAACAGGGUCAGGGAUGGAAGGGCCCUCUGUUCCUGCGGUUGGCUGCGACGGCGAAUCAGGAACCGGGAACAUCUCCACUUUCCCAUGGUCUCUCUUCACAAAAUCGCCUCGGCGAAGAAUGCUCGUGGCUUUUACAUGCACCAUCUGUGGCCAGCGAACUACAAGGGCUAUCAAUCCUCAUGCUUACACUGAUGGAACUGUGUUUGUGCAGUGCUGUGGAUGCAAUGCAUAUCAUAAGCUGGUGGAUCACUUGAACUUAUUUCAGGAGACGAAUUGUUAUCUGAAUUCAAGUUUCAAUUAUAAAGGACAUGGUUGGGAUGAUCUCAAGUUUAGGUUUAUGGACAUAGAUGAAGACAAUGAUGAUGACAUAUUCCCCAUUUCAUGAGUGAAUUGGCUGCUUAUGGCUAUGGGGUCACCACAUAUUCUCCGGUCUGAUGAUAUCAUCAUAUGGAAUUUUAGUUUAGGUGUCUUUGUAUAUUGUUUAGUUUUUCAU